AUGGUUCAAGCAUCUGAGGACAAGGGGCCAUCUGAAACCGAUCACAUUCUUGCCGACGCAUUGCGACUACUACAUUUCCUCGAUGAUGAAGAACAUUUCCGGAAUUUGCAACCUGAAGAGAGGAAGCUGAUCUGCAUAAGUGUCCUCGACGAAUACUCCGAGGAGUAUGGGCUCCACCGCAAUCCGGGGGUGUGCACAACUGAGCACACAAUGAGAGCGUUGACAGCAAUUUCGAUCCUGCGCGAUGCUAUGACGUUAAAAUAUGGAGAAGUGGAUAAUAUUCAGGAAAUGUAUACAAUUCCUACAACACAGAUUUUUGGUAGAUGA